AUGCAUAACGUUUACAAUCCAUCAGUUCCCGGCGCUAUCCCCAUCCGCGAGACGCUUCAUCCCGGUUGCAAGGUCGACAUCUAUGGCAAGGUCCAACAUGGCCAUCAUAAAAACUUCGCCGUUGAGCUCUUGUCAGGACCACAUAUCGUUCUUCACGUCAACUUCCGAUUCCACCAUUCCCAUGAGGUGGUUAUGAACUCAUACAGCCAUGGAUCCUGGGGAACAGAGGCACGUCCCCUUUUGAUUUCUUUCUUUUUGUUUUUGGAAAUUUUCAUCAAGCACUCCAACCCACUACAUCAUGACGACCAAUUCCAUCUUCACAUCCACGCGCACCAAGAUCAUUAUGAGAUUGAGGUGAAUGGCCACUUCUUGGCCAACUUCCCCCAUCGGUUCCCCAUGGAGUCUGUGCAAGCUCUAGGGUUGAAAGGCGAUGUUCACGUCGAAAGGGUCGAUUUUUCAGGCUUUCACUUCACAAUCGGUUAG